AUGGAAUAUGUGGGUGCCAAAAAAAGUCUUAUAUUUUAUUUGGAAGUUGUCAAUGGGGUGUAUUGCAAAAAAAAUGCUUUAGUACCCAGGGAUCUCGGUUUCGGAUUUGAGAUGCUGAUCUGUGGGUAUGGAGAGGAGACAAAAGACCAUUUGGUGGCUGAAUGUGUGUUGGUAAAAGCUCUGUGGUGGCAUCUUUGUGUUUGGACUAAAAUUCGAAUCAUGACUCAGGUCUCAUCGUUUUCGGAUCUAGUGGGGUAUAUUCAAAAGCUAAAGGGGUCUAUAAAAUGGAAGAACGUGUUGGAGACUAUGGUGUAUGGUGCGGUGUGGAGAAUUUGGAAGGCUCGUAACGAUAGAGUGUUUGAAGGCAUCCCGUUUUCGGUUCUGCAAGUGGUGGAUGCGAUAAAAGAAGUUACGUUUAUAUAG